AUGGCUGAGGGUUUUGAGCCCUACCAUGUUCCUCAACAAAGCAGAAGAGAAAAGCUCCGGGUCCUCGCAGGCCAAGCCCACCCGGGUUGUCUUCAACCCGACUCACCUCCUCCGCCUCAUCACCAUCUCCACCCGGGUAAUUGUGCUGCUUCUGGUUUCCUUCCUCUCCCCUACGAUCCUUCCUCCUCCUUCAUCUCCUCCUCAGAUUUGCUCACGUGCGAACCCGCCCCAGCUUCCCCCGUGAAGCCAGAAGGUCAAGUGCAUCAUCAUCAUCAUCAUCAUCCCUUGAUGGGUUUUGUUUCCAAUUCCUCUUCCUCUUCCUCAACCUCCACCUUCCGCAACCAUCUCAAUUACUUGGAUCCACAGCCCUCCUCCAUUAAUUUCCCCAUAAAUCCCACCUCCAUUCACGACAUCAACGCCAACCCUUUUCUCUACCCACCGCAAAACCUCCAAACCCUCAGAGAUUUCGACCACCAAGCCGACUAUGGCCAUGAUCAAGUCGUGGUGUUCAAGCCAGAACCCUUAUCUCUAUCCCUCUCUUCUUCUCAACCCCCCCACCACCACACCCACCAAAACAACAACAACAACAACAACAACAAUCUCCAGAGAUAUGGGGCUUCUGCUGUUAACUACAGUUCACUCAAUUCAGGCGUCAAUGUUGCUUCGGCCUCUAACGAGAACAUUGGGUCCAGAAGCUCGGUUCCUCUCGGACCCUUCACGGGCUACGCUUCGAUUCUGAAGGGAUCUAGAUUCUUGAAGCCCGCGCAGCAGUUGCUAGAAGAGUUCUGCGAUGUGGGCAACCGAGAAAUUUACACUGCCAAAGUACUUGCUGAUUCGUCGUCGUUUUUCGACCCUCCUAGUAUCGAGAGCUUCAGCCCAACUCAUGUCGUCGACGACGACGACGACCCGCUCAGUGUCGGAGGGGACGGAGGUGAGAGCAGGAGAAAAAAAUCCAGGCUAAUUUCCAUGCUCGACGAGGUUUACAGAAGGUACAAGCAAUACUAUCAACAGAUGCAGGCAGUGGUAACAUCAUUUGAGUAUGUUGCUGGGCUUGGAAAUGCAGCUCCCUAUGCAAACUUAGCAAUAAAGGCCAUGACUAGACACUUCAAGUGUUUGAAGAAUGCCAUCACUGACCAACUUCAGUUCAGAAAUAGGGAUGCUACUCAGUUAAGCCAUGGAAAAGAUGAAAGUCAAAUGCUUCGUAACACUAGAGGAUUCUAUAAUCAAAGAUCCAUUCACAACUCCGACUUUGUCGAGCACCAACCUGUUUGGAGACCUCAACGGGGUCUUCCUGAACGCGCGGUUACUGUUCUUAGGGCCUGGUUAUUUGAACACUUCCUGCAUCCUUACCCUACUGAUUCGGAUAAACUAAUGUUGGCUAAACAAACUGGUCUAUCACGGAGCCAGGUUUCAAAUUGGUUUAUUAAUGCAAGAGUAAGGCUCUGGAAACCGAUGGUGGAAGAAAUACACACGCUCGAAACACGGCAAGCGCAAAAAACUUCACAGAGGGGAGAUCAAAGUGCGAACAGGUCAAUUGAUGAUCAUUUACCUUCACCAAACUCACUUGCAUCUGAGAAUCCAUCCACAACCACCCACCGGGUUCAAGACAGCUUGUCGAAACGCACAAGAAAUGAACUUCCUGAUCACAUCACUAUGGGGAGUAGUACUGAUCAAUUGAACUUAUCAUGCAAUAACUUGCCAAGCCAUAUGCAUGUGGGUCAUGUUGGUAUGAACAUGGCUGGGGGAAGUAGUAGUGGUGUUUCUCUAACACUGGGACUUCACCAAAAUAAUGGUAUUGGUUUGUCAGAACCCUUUCCUAUUAAUGCAGCUCAACGUUUUGGCAUUGGCCUCGAUGGCAGCAAUGACGGCUACGCAAUGGGUGGUUUUGAAUCUCAAAAUCGACAUUUUGGAAGGGAUGUCAUGGGAGGGCAACUUUUGCACGAUUUUGUGGGAUGA